ACCCAAAUCUGAAGACCGUGGGGAGUUUUUGUAAUGCCAUUAUAGCAAAAAGAAACUAUUGUACUGUUUAACAUCUCUCCACAGACUGUAAUGAACAUUUGAAGAUCCAUGGCAAACCUCCUUUCAGGAUUUUUAGAAGGACCCAGAAAAACAGACCCCCUAAUAAAAUGCAUCAUAAAGAACAAAGCAGAGAGACUUAGCAAAUUAAUAAGAGGCCGAGAUAUUAAUGGACUGUACCCUUCUGAAGACUGGAAGGAUGAUAUAACUUUAUUAACUGCAGCAGUUUUAAACUUAAAUGAAGAAAUCUGCUCUUAUCUACUUAAAGAGUCAGCUGAUCCAAACAAACCCUCAAUAAAUGGACUAACUCCUCUACAUUACGCUACUUUAACACCUGGAGUUCCACUGAGUAUCGUGAAAAGAUUACUUGCAGCAAAACCUAACCCAAAUGGACAUGAAUCACAAUUUGCGACUCCACUGCAAUGUGCUGUUGAUCAUGAUCGUGAAGACAUUGUGAAAGCACUUAUAGAGGCUGGAGCAUCUCCUAUAAGGAACUAUGGGGUGAAUCCAGAGCUUGAUAAAAAAGUGGAGCGAAUGAUUCAUCAAUUAUCUUCACAGAGUGAAGUGUUUGAGAAAGUAUAUAUAUCUUUCUCUUUUUCUUGUGCUGUACAAACAAAAAAACAGACGGAAGUUUAUAGAAUCUAUAAGGAACAUUUCUUUCAAGAGGAUCCUUUUGUUCAUUUGAUUUUUUUUGAGCUCUACUUUGGUGUCAUUGGUCCAAGUGCAGAGCAGUAUCAUCAGAGCGCCAUCAAGUGGUUAAAAGACACAAAGAAUGCAGACAGAUACAUUGAGGGAGUCAUCAAGCGCUUCCCAAGAAUCUCUCAGGAACACUGGCGGAUUGCACUGAACUGCUUAAAUGCUGCUUUACGUAUCAGCAAAAACAAUUAUCCUCAGGUAUUCAGUGAUCUUGUGCCAAUUCUAACAAACUGUCUUCAGCACUCUGGAAAUGAACGAGAAAAAAUCAAUCAUCUGAUUCUAAAGAUACUCAAUGUCAUGAUGCAGAAAACAUCUGAGCAGAAACUGAGAUUAAAUCAUUCUGUCUAUGAGAAGUUAUGCAAUAGUCUACUGCCUCUCACACGUCCUGAUUAUUCAAGUCUAAUUGGAGUUUGGACCUAUGGACUGUUUGCCUAUAUAAAUGACUUCGCUCCUGAACUUGUAGCAUUGUGUGGAUUGUCACCCAUCCCAGAGGUGAUACUUAACACUGCAGAGAUAGAGAUGGAUGAAGUCAUGAAAAAAAAGCUGCAAAAGUUGGAUGAAUCCCUGAGAAAUCCGGCAGGUUCAAGUGCAGUGGAUAGUUUGUGUGAGGAGACUGCAGCUCUAUCAACAAGCAGGAAGAAGAAAAAGAAAAAGAAGAAGAAAAAAAUCCAGCAAGAGGUGGGAUCACAAGAAGGUGAGCUUCAAGAUAAAGAGGAACUGUGUCCAGACACUGUAGUGACAUCCAUUGAGAAAACAAAUACAGCUGUGCAGCAGUUAGCACAGCCAACUUUGAACUCAAAUAUCUCAAGAAGGUGGCUUCAGACUAGUCGUCGUUGGAGGCCGAAGCUUGAGAAGCUAGCUAACAUUGAUGCUAGCAGCACAUCUAGACUGGGAAACCUUACUCUUGUACUCACUAAUGAAUUUCUGAUCGCUAAAGGAAGUGAUGGAACAGAAGUUUUCCUUGGUUUGAGGGAUGACGGCACUGAGGUGGCUGUGAAACGAAUGAACAGGUUUAAUUACCAAGUUCUCAGAAAUGAGGAGCAAUUUUUACGACUUCCAGAACUCGAUAGUCCCUCCAUUGUGCGAUAUGUGGACUUUGCUGAAGAUGACAAUUUCGGAUACCUUGUUCUUCAGCUUUGUGAGUACACACUGGAGGAAUAUAUUCAAGAUCAUUUACCAGAUGACAGCGCUGAGAGAUCUUUGGUUCUGAAGAUGCUGGUGAAGGAAGUUCUCUGCAGCUUACAGGUUUUACACGACCCGAAAACCAAAGUGCUCCAUCGAGACAUCAAACCCCAGAAUGUCCUGAUUGACAUAAAAAGAAAAGCUAGAUUGGCUGAUUUUGGCAUAAGUCGCCGACUAAAACAGGGUGAAACCACUUUACGAACAAGCAUUGCUGGAACUAGAUGCUGGAAGGCAAAGGAAAACAUACAAGAGAAGUUCAAAACUGGGUACAAGAGGAGCUCCGACAUUCAGGUUGCUGGGAUGUUAGUGUACUACAUUCUCUCUGGAGGACAACAUCCAUUUGGUGAACAACCAUUUUGUGAAGUCAACAUUCUGCAAGGAAAAUACUCACUGGAGCAUCUGGAUGAUGAAGUAGCGAAGGAUCUUGUCGAGUGGAUGAUCAAUGAACAUCCAAACAACAGACCAACUGUGGAGCAAACCCUCGCACACCCCUUCUUCUGGACUGAUGACAGGAGAGUGCGGUAUCUAAAAAUAUUGGGAAAAGAGAAAGAGGCUGAACACUGCAAUACUGCCGAUAAGGAGCUGCUUAAUGCCAUUGCAAAAUACACAGAGGGGAAGAGCUUUUCUGAAUGGAAAACUAAAUUCCAACCUGAGCUUGUCCAGAAAAUGGAAGAAAAAAGGCAUAGAACCUACCCUGAGAACACACUGGGCCUGCUGCGUUUUAUGCGCAACCUACAUGAGCAUUGUAAAGAAGGUGCUGUAAAUAUCAACCUGAUGGCUUUAUUCCCUGAUCUCUUUUGGAGUGUGUACUUGUUUGCCAAAGAGAGAGGAUGGAACUCCAGAGAAAGUGUCAUUGACGACAUGAAGUAGGCGUCAUAAAUGUAAAUCUAACAUAAAAAUGUAAUUUUGCAGUCACCAAUAACGACAAGCUUUUAUACCAUUUUUAGAUUUUCAUUUACUGAAAGAACUAUUGAUUUAGUUCUGCAACGAAACAGAAAGUGAAAUAUGGGGUUUCAGGGAUUCUAAUUAGUUGCAUAAAUGUUUGUUUAGGUUUAAACUUUGUUUUCCAAUCUUUUAGGACAUAUUCUCUGUAACUUUUAAGCAACAUGUGCGUGUUGCUUCAUUGAAAAAAAAAUCUGCUGAGGUUAGUUAUAUAAAUAUCUAACUAA